CAAGUACAGAGAAGUACACAAGUAGAGGAAAGUACACACAAUUACAGAGAAGUACACAAGUACAGAGAAGUACACAAGUAGAGGAAAGUACACAAGUACAGAGAAGUACACAAGUAGAGGAAAGUACACAAGUAGAGGAAAGUACACAAGUACAGAGAAGUACACAAGUAGAGGAAAGUACACACAAGUACAGAGAAGUACACAAGUAGAGGAAAGUACACAAGUACAGAGAAGUACACAAGUACAGAGAAGUACACAAGUAGAGGAAAGUACACACAAGUACAGAGAAGUACACAAGUACAGAGAAGUACACAAGUAGAGGAAGGUACACACAAGUACGCUGAUUGAGAAACGCCGAGAGACACGUCGGGGUGACGUCACCACCAAGCGCGAGGAACGCAGUGACGCAGUGACGCUCGAUGGGAACCCGGAAGCGGACUCGCAUUGUUUACAUGCCCCGCUUUGUUCGGCGGAAGUCCCGCGAAGAAAUGUCCAAAAAACGGUCGAAGAGCGUCGAGAACCGGGAGAACCGAGACCACCGGGACCACCAGGACCUCCGGGACCUCCGGGCGACCAUCGACGAGCAGCUGGCGGCGGCCGCGGAGGAGAUCUUCCGGCUGCUGAAAGACCGCGGACCCGCGGACGUGGAGGAGCUGCGGGGCCGGGUCGCAGAGCGGAUCACCGCGGCGGUGGAGCUCAUCUUCACCGCGUGUGGGGCCUCCAGAGCGGCCGAGGGGGAACCGGAGCGGCCCGCGGACCCUGGAGCCGACGGCAGAGACCCGGGUCCAGAGUCCGGUUCCUCUGAAGGACCUCUGGGGCCGGAGGACCCGCUGAGGGACCCUCGGGCCGGCACCUCCUCCGGACCGGACGCUCUGGACCAUCGACCCGGCGAAGACGAGGGCGCUCUGGCCCCGCCCCCCCACUGCUGCCGGGUCUGCAGCAAGCCGUUCGCCAGGAGAGGCCUCCUGCUGAAGCACGUGGAAACGCACCUGGCGGACGCCGCGUGCGUCUGCGGUCUUUGCGGCGAGCGCCUGGAGUCCGGCGCCGGCCUGCGGCGGCACCACCAGACGCACCGCGACCGCAGCAGGACCUGCGCCGUCUGCGGCAAGCGGUUCCCCUCCGUCCGCGCGCAGGAGACGCACCUGCGGCUGCACACGGGGGAGAAACCCUUCGGCUGCCCCGUCUGCGGGAAAGGCUUCAACCAGAAGGGCAACAUGGCGACGCACCUGAGGACCCACGCGGCGGAGAAGCCCUUCGGCUGCACCGUGUGCCACAAGCGGUUCGGCCACGCCGGCUCCCUGGAGCGCCACGCCAAGGUCCACGCCGGACAGACGCCGCUCGGGAGCGCCGAGCUGCGGCGCCACGGCCAGAGCCGGCGGAAGCCGAGCGCGACGCCGUGUCACCGCUGCCGGGUCUGCGGCCACGCCUUUCACAACAAGGGCAACUUUGUGCGGCACGCGGAGACUCACGCGCACGACGCCGCGUGCCGCUGCGGCGUCUGCGGAGAGCAGUCCGAGUCCUCCGAGAGUCUCCGGCUUCACAUCCAGAGCCACCGGGACGCCGGCGGGACGUGCGGCGUCUGCGGCGGCGUCUUCAGGGACAUGGAGGUCCACAUGAGGACGCACAGCGGCCUCAAGCCCUUCAGCUGCGAUGACUGCGGCAAAGACUUCCCCAGGAAGGGCUCUCUGGAGCGCCACCGCAAGCUGCACGCCGGCGAGCGGCCGUACAUCUGCGAGUUCUGCGGGAAGACCUUCAUCGAGAACACGGUUCUGAAGAGACACAUCAAGAGCCACACGGGGGGGAGGCCCCGGAUCUACUCCUGUGACAGCUGCAGCAAGACCUUCACCAUGAGCCAGCACCUGGACGUGCACAAGAGGAUCCACACCGGGGAGAAACCCUUCACCUGCAGGGUCUGCGGGAAGAACUUCCGGCAGAUCGGCAACCUGGACUCCCACAUGAGGAUCCACACGGGGGAGAAGCCCUUCAUCUGCAGCCUCUGUGGGAAGAGGUUCCGCCAGAAGAUCUCGCUGGAGACCCACGAGCGGUUCCACAAGAAGGAGAAGCCGUUCGGCUGCCAGCUGUGCAGCAAAGGCUUCGUCCAGAAGAUCGACCUGAAGAGACACCUGCUGACGCACAGCGGGGAGAAACCCUACAGCUGCAGCGUCUGUGGGAGGAGCUACCAGGAGAAGCGCUCAGUGGACUCUCACAUGAAGGUCCACACCGGAGAGCGAGGAGCCGCGAGGAACCCCGGGGCCACGGCGCCCGACGGCCAGGAGGGAGGCCACGCCCACUUCAUCCAGCUGUGACGUGUGUGUGUGUGUGUGGACGACCCGAUACAUCUGAGUGGUCUGAAUCUUUGAUCUUCACGAUCAUGUUUUUUGAGAAUAAACUCCUGAGCAGAUGAAACAUCUCCAAACUAAUUCAACGUGUUUCACAGGAUUAUUCUGUCUGUUAGUUUUAUAAGGGGGAGAAGACAAUAAAUCAAUAUAAUGACAUACAGCUGGUCUAAGAAUAAAGUUUCCGUUGCUGUC